UUCUCGAGAGAACACUUGCUUUCGUUCUUGCUUUCACUGAUACACUUUUGAGUCUACUUUGCUCUUCGUCCUUUGUUUCUUUCUUUGAGGUUUUGGUCUCUCUUAGUGUGUAACUACUCACAAUGAUUCAACUUGGGUUUCUUCUUCUACUGAGAAAGUGUUUUUGUGUGAUUGUGUUAUUUUCUGGAAAGAAGCUGUAAUUUUCCUAAAAUCUUCGGUUAAGCUUUUUUACUUGUCUGAAAACACCUUUUUUUUUUCUCUUUUGUCUCUGCUUCUUGUUCAAACUUUGUGUUCCACUUGUCUGUGGACUUUCACUAGAAGACACGACCUUAGAAUCUUCUUUGUCUGAGAAAACAAAAGAGACAAGCACUUUAACUUACGUUACGCUUAAUAAACGACGGGUUUUCCGAAGAAGUUAAAGAUAAAGAAAAGAAGAAACCAAAAGGAAAGUGAGACAGAGAGAGAGAAGCUCGCAUCCCAGUGAGAAAGUCGAAGACUUUUAUUAAAUGGCGAUGACUGUGGCGGUGGCGAAUCGCCAUGAGAGUGGUGACAAUAUAAAUCGGCAUUUGGAUAGCAGCGGGAAGUAUGUAAGGUACACGGCGGAGCAAGUGGAGGCACUGGAGCGCGUUUACUCAGAAUGUCCUAAACCCACGUCUCUCCGCCGUCAACAGCUGAUCAGAGAAUGCUCCUUUUUGGCCAAUAUUGAACCCAAGCAGAUCAAAGUCUGGUUUCAAAACCGAAGGUGUCGAGAUAAACAGAGGAAAGAGGUGUCGAGGCUGCAGAGCGUAAACCAGAAGCUUUCAGCUAUGAAUAAGCUGCUGAUGGAGGAGAAUGAUAGGCUUCAAAAACAGGUUUCUCAUCUUGUCAGUGAAAACGGAUACAUGAAGCAGCAGCUCACCUUGACCACAGUGGGGACUGAUGCUAGCUGCGACUCGGUGGAUCCAACUCCUCCUCAUCAUCAUCCCCUUACAGAUGCAAAUAGUCCUGCAGGAUUGAUCGCGAUUGCAGAGGAGACCUUGGCAGAGUUCCUUUCAAAGGCAACAGGAACUGCUGUUGAUUGGGUCCAGAUGCCUGGUAUGAAGCCUGGUCCGGAUUCGGUUGGCAUUUUUGCCAUUUCUCAAAAAUGCAAUGGCGUGGCAGCUCGAGCCUGUGGUCUUGUCAGUUUAGAACCUAUGAAGAUUGUUGAGAUACUCAAAGAUCGGCCAUCUUGGUUCCGUGACUGCCGGAGCCUUGAAGUUUUCACAAUGUUCCCUUCUGGUAAUUGUGGAACGAUUGAACUCAUAUAUAUGCAGACAUAUGCACCCACGACUCUGGCUCCUGCCCGUGACUUCUGGACCCUGAGAUACACUACAAGCCUUGAGAACGGCAGUUUUGUGGUUUGUGAGAGGUCUCUCUCUGGUUCAGGAGCUGGUCCUAAUGCUACUUCCGCUGCUCAGUUUGCGAAGGCAGAGAUGCUUCCUAGUGGCUAUUUAAUAAGGCCUUGUGAUGGUGGUUGUUCCAUAAUUCACAUCGUCGAUCACAUUAAUUUUGAGGGUUGGAGUGUACCAGACGUGCUGCGGCCCCUUUAUGAAUCUUCAAAAGUAGUUGCACAGAGAAUGACAAUUGCUGCGUUGAGAUAUGUGAGGCAAGUAGCGCAUGAGACAAAUGGAGAAGUGGUAUACGGAUUAGGUAGACAGCCUGCGGUUUUGAGAACUUUUAGCCAAAGACUAAGCAGAGGUUUCAAUGAUGCGGUUAAUGGGUUUAAUGACGAUGGGUGGUCCAUAAUGCAUUGUAAUGGAGCAGAAGACAUAACUGUUGCUGUUAACUCUACGAAGCACUUGAAUAGUUUUUCUGAUCCACUCUCUUUUCUAGGAGGUGUGCUCUGCGCCAAGGCUUCAAUGCUUCUUCAUAAUGUUUGUCCUGCGGUUCUCAUUCGAUUUCUAAGGGAGCAUCGGUCUGAGUGGGCUGAUUUCAAUGUUGAUGCUUAUUCUGCUGCCACGCUGAAAGCUGGUGCCUUUGCUUAUUCCAGAAUGAGGCCUACAACGUUCACCGGUAGCCAAAUCAUAAUGCCAUUAGGGAAUACAAUCGAAAAGGAAGAGAUGCUAGAAGUUGUUAGAUUAGAAGGGCAUUCUCUAGUCCCAGAAGACUCAUUUUUGACUAGGGAUGUACAUCUUCUACAGAUUUGUACUGGGAUUGAUGAGGAUGCUGUUGGAGCUUGUUCAGAGCUUGUAUUUGCUCCAGUCAAUGAGAUGUUUCCUGAUGAUGCUCCCCUUGUUCCUUCUGGUUUCCGUGUCAUACCUGUAGAUGCUAAAACAGGAGAUGCUCAGGACUUGCUUACUGCUAACCACCAGACAUUAGACUUAACUUCAAGCCAAGAUGUGGGUUCAACACCAGAGACUGGUUCUAACCUGAGCACACGGUGCAUACUCACGAUUGCUUUUCAGUUCCCCUUUGAGAAUAACUUGCAAGACAACGUUGCCAACAUGGCUUGUCAGUAUGUGCGGAGCGUGAUUUCCUCGGUUCAACGGGUUGCAGUGGCGCUCUCACCGUCGGUGUUAAUCCCGAUUCCUGGUUCCAAGUUGUCUCCGGGGUCCCCUGAAGCUGUUUCUCUUGCAAUAUGGAUCUGCCAAAGUUACAAACAACACUUUGGCUCUGAUUUGCUGAGGACAGACUCACUUGGAGGUGAUGCGUUAUUAAGACAACUAUGGGAUCACCAAGAUGCUAUAUUGUGUUGCUCUUUGAAGCCACAACCAGUGUUCAUGUUUGCGAACCAGGCAGGUCUAGACAUGUUAGAGACAACGCUCGUUGCGUUACAAGGCAUCACAUUGGAGAAGAUCUUUGACGAGUCAGGUCGUAAAGCCCUCUGCCCAGAUUUUGCCAAGCUAAUGCAACAGGGAUUUGCUUGCUUACCAUCUGGAAUGUGCGUGUCGACAAUGGGGAGACAUGUUUCGUACGAGCAAGCUGUUUCAUGGAAAGUGUUCUCUGACUGUGAAGACAAUAACAACAAUAGAAUUCAUUGUCUUGCUUUCUUGUUUGCGAACUGGUCGUUCCUCUGAUCUCUGAUCCUCUUGUUGUCUUUAAGGGGGUAUCCUUUACUCAUUUUUUAUUGAUUUAGGUGCUUUAUUUUGUAAUUUAUUUGUUCUUAUUUAGUAGCUUUCGGAAAUAUUUCCCGCCUUACACUUCUCACAUCUAUUAGAGAGUACAUAGUAAUUAAACAUCAUGUUAUUCCUC